GGAAAAUGGUGGUUCCAUAAACUAGUUUAUGAGGAUGCAAAAAACACGGUGAUUUCUGGUUUUCUUAUUCACAAUACACAAUAAACGGCCUUAGGCUUGUCCUAAGGGUAGGAAUGGAGAACCCUUGGAGAACGAAUGCUUACGGUUGUUAUCUCAUCGUGUGCAUCUUCUUCCUCUUCUUCUCCUUAUCGUGCUCUCAUGCAUCCGCAAGCGCACCAAACAAUAGGCUGAAGCAAGCGCACCAUGCCUUCGAGUCAUGGAAGCAAGCCAUCUACUCCGAUCCAAUGAACUUCACCACCAACUGGGUUGGCCCCAACGUCUGCUCCUACAAUGGCGUCGUUUGCGCCCAGGCUCUUGACGACCCCUCGCUCACCGUGGUGGCGGGAGUCGACCUCAACCAUGGGGACAUUGCCGGUCACCUCCCCAAUGAGAUCGGCAACCUUACCGACCUCAGUCUCCUCCACUUGAACUCCAACAGAUUCUGCGGGAUCGUUCCCGAGAGCAUCAUGAAGCUCAAGCUUUUAUAUGAGCUGGAUCUGAGCAACAACCGCUUCGUGGGACCAUUCCCUAAGGUUGUCCUUGAGCUGCCGCAGCUCAAGUACCUUGAUCUAAGGUUCAAUGACUUCGAAGGGGAGCUUCCGGAAAAAUUGUUUGAUAAGGAGCUCGAUGCCAUCUUCAUGAACAACAACCGAUUCAGGUCCACCAUUCCUGAGAAUCUAGGGAACUCCCCUGCUUCCGUAGUAGUGUUGUCUAGUAACAACCUCAUAGGGUGCCUUCCACGCAGCAUUGGGGAGAUGGCCGGCAGUCUGGACGAACUGAUCGUGUCGGAUAAUAAACUAUCAGGAUGCAUGCCGGAGGAGGUCACCCUACUGAACUCGACAGUGAUUUUCGACGUGAGCAGGAACAGGUUCGUCGGGGACUUGCCGGUGGGGAUGGAAUACAUGCAAAGGUUGGAGGUUGUCAACAUAGCCAUGAACCAGUUCAGGAGCAACGUGCCGGAGAGCGUGUGCAGCUUGCCUAACUUGAAGAACUUAACGUACGCAUACAAUUACUUCGACGCCAAGCAUGCAAGCUGCGACCACGUCGCCAUCCCGGAGGUGAUGUUCGAGGGUGCUAACAACUGCAUUCCUGGGGAGUUAGCGCAGAGGCCUGAGAAUCAAUGUCGAAUGGUGUUGAGCAACACAGUGGAUUGUAAAGCUCAAGGGUGUCGUGAGCCGGAGCACGGAGAGUCUCCCAAGGGGAAGGUUGAAUCACCCUCACAACUGGAAACACGUCCACUACCCUCCAAGCCGAAGAGGACUACUUCCACCCCGCCACAACCUGAGACGCUCUCUCCGCCGUCCAAGCCGAACCAAAAGACUCUCUCUCCACCAUCCAAGUCGGGGCAGAAGACUCCACCACCCAUGCCACAACCUGAGCCAUCCAAGCCGGGGCAGAAGACUCCCUCUCAGUCUCAACCUGAGCCAUCCCAGCCGGGGCAGAAGACCCCCUUUCAAUCUCAACCUGAGCCAUCCAAGUCGGGGCAGAAGAUUCCCUCUCAGUCUCAACCUGAGCCAUCCAUGCCGGGGCAGAAGACUCCCUCUCAGUCUCAACCUGAGACAUUCAAGCCGGGGCAGAAGACUCCCUCUCAGUCACAACCUGAGACUCCGCCGUCCAAGCCGGAGUUGAAGACUCCCUCUACGCAACAACCUGAGACGCCUUCCAAGCUGAAGCAGAAAACUCCCACUUCGCCACAACCCGAGACGGCUCCUUCUCCUUCACAAUCUGAGACACUUUCGCCUCCGUCCGAGUCACAUCAGAAGGGUCCCUCUCCUUCGCAAGAACCAGUGAGUCCGGUGCCUUUGAAACCCGAGUCGAGUCCAUGGUUUGAUCAAUCACAUCCGUCUCCUUCCCAACCAUCGGGCGUCCACUCCCAGCCACCAACAGUACACUCGUCUCCUCCAUCGGGCGUCCACUCCCAGCCACCAACAGCACAAUCGUCUCCUCCAUCAAUCGUCCACUCCCAGCCACCGCCAAUGCUCUCUCCGCCUCCACCCCUCCACUCCCCACCACCACCACCAGUCCAUUCUCCGCCCCCACCGGUCCACUUCCCACCACCACCUGUCCAUUCCCCGCCCCCGCCAGUCCACUCUCCACCUCCAGUCCAUUCCCCACCUCCGCCGGUCCACUCUCCGCCACCACCAGUCCAUUCCCCGCCCCCACCAGUGCACUCUCCGCCACCACCAGUCCACUCCCCACCUCCGCCUGUCUUCUCCCCACCUCCACCAGUGCACUCCGCUCCUCCACCCCCGCCAGUCCACUCUCCGCCACCGCCAGUCCACUCUCCACCACCACCCGUCCACUCUCCACCACCAGCACCGCCUACAUUCACUCCAAUCGAACUGCCGAUGAACUUGGGCGCCAAAUACCAAUCUCCUCCGCCACCAGCAAUCCAGGGCUACUAAAAAAAAGCUUUGUAAUGUCAUCAAAUCUCACCUAAUUCAUGACCUGUUGUCUACUAAUGUACAACGCGAACUCACUUCCUUAAGCUUCA